UAUACAGGGCUAGUGUAGUGCUGGGUGUGGAACGGUCAGUGUGCUGUGGACUCAGUGUGGUAUACAGGGCUAGUGUAGUGCUGGGUGUGGAGCGGUCAGUGUGCUGUGAACUCAGUGUUGUUUUACUAGUGAGGAUGUUGCUGACUUUCUAUCUUCUCUUCAUUGGGCUUCAUGUCUCUGAAGGCUGUAAUUUGGUGAACAGAGAACAACUGCUGGAUAUCACAGCUCACACAGGAGGGUCAGUACUGCUGCCCUGCUACUGCACUGACCUACAGACCACACCUGAGGAAUUCAGCUGGAAGAAAGACAACACAAAAACAAACAGACAGGAAGAGGUAUCCAGUGAGAGUGGUCAGUACAGAGACAGAGUUCAGCUGUUUAAUGGUCACUCUCCAGGAAAUCUCUCUCUACUCAUAUCACACCUGACUGAAGAGGAUGGAGGCAUUUACUGGUGUGAUGUUAGGAAAUCUUUCAUAACCAUCAGACUCUUUUUAAAAGAGGGUCCACCUAUAACUACAGCAUCUACUGAAGUGAUCAAUGUGCACACCAGUCCAGCCGCUUCAACCCCACAGACCCCUCAAACAUCUGAUGAGGGUCCACCUAUAACUACAGCAUCUACUGAAGUGAUCAAUGUGCACACCAGUCCAGCCGCUUCAACCCCACAGACCCCUCAAACAUCUGAUGAAUGUCCAAAGUCUCUACCCUACAUUCCCUUCGCUGUGAUCACUGUGAUCGUUCUCCACAUUAUUGUAGCUGUGGUCUACCUGAUAACCACGACCAAAGAUCCUGCCAGGGGUCACUACAGCACUGCGGAUGGAGAUGGAGUGGUCAGUCUGGAGUAGGGCAGUUCUGCAACACUGGCAUGAGUUCACAACCUGGCAGCUAAAACAUCUUAAAAUAACAAGUGCAAAUGUUUACAUUUUCUCAUUUUACUUCCUCUCUGUUUUGAAACUGUUAUCUGUUUAAGUUGUACUGUUAACCAUCACUUUGUCAUUAUAUUCAUAAAUGACAAUAUAUUGUAUAAUAUAAUUGUAUGAUAAUAUGUAUAUCAUACAAGAAUACACAAGCACCCUACACUGAAAAUAAAAAGAAUAAGACUGGCAUGAAAAGGCCAUUAAACCCUUCUCAGCUUCAGCAGUGUUGGCUUCUGGAAAUGAAGCACCACCAACGAGAAACCAGCUACCUUACUCACAGCCCAGGAGCCAAGAAGGGGCUUCUUUGCUGAGUGGACAUGGGGUCAAAUAAAGAGGUCUGCAGUGUUUGUGUCUGUAGGAUUAUAGAUAGUGUCACAUGCAACUACUAAGACUUAAAUAUGUCAAGGCAAAUAUUA